AAGGGGGACGGUGAACUAACUCUUCUGCAUCCAGUAAGUAAGGCCGUUGUGAGGCGUGUCUUGGCUUAAUGGGGGGCUGUUGUUGUCGUGAGUACGCGUGGUGACCGAGGCCCGCAGGAGACCGCUAAUACCACCAAUACGAGGAAGCGAGCUGGCUGGAGUGGAUGGAGAGCUUAGCUUGGGAUGGAUAGCUGAGAUAUACGCGGUCCGUCUGAGUGAGUGACUUGAAGAGAGGAGAGGAGGGAAGGUUACUCUGGAUUUGUCUCCUGUCAACAUCAGAUUCUUCUCUCUCUUUGUCCUUGCUAUUGUGCUGUGCGGUGUUUCUGUGACGGUGAGGUGGAGAGAGGAGGAAGGAUUAUGCAAGGAUAGUGUGGGAGAAACUUGAAUUGAUUGUGAAGAGAGGAAAGGGAGAAAAAAAAGGAAGCAAGCAAAUUGCCAGAAGAGUGAGAGACGAACUAAAUUGACUGUGAAAAGAGGAGAGGGAAGAAAGAGUUCCGUCACUACAACGAGGAAUAGGAAAGAAGAAAUAUCGGAGAAGAAAGGAGAGAGAAUAAAAGAGGAAUUUACAGCCAAGAGAGUGAAAAAAAAACAACAACUAAACUGACCAUAAAGAGAUAAAAGAGAAUAAAUAUUAGUCACCGCAACGAGAAGGAAGACAGAAGAGGAAACAGCGAAGAGUAAACAGAAGAAAGAAUUAAGACUGAACAUUUGACACCGUAACGACGAAUAAAGAGAGAGAGAGAGAGAGAGAGAGAGAAAAAAAAAAAUCUGAUUGAAUAUUAUUUUUUUUUGUCACCGCAACACGAAAGAAGGAAGGAAGAGGAGAUAAUGGAGGAAGCAAGGAAGUCAUGGGCGCUGCUGACUACAGUAUGGCAGUAAUGGCGCCAUGAGUGACUCUCUCUACAGCCAUCCCACCAUCUCGCUGGAAUUGUACAGUCAGCUUUACGGCCCCGUGGAGACUAACAAGCAGGAAGGAGAGAGUCCCCAGCCUGCUACGCCCUCGUCAGCCCCGUCUGGCAGCGCAGACAGCCGCCGCGACGCCAAGGCAAGGAAGAAUUUGAAGGGAAGCCGUAUGGGAGGAGAGACUUCGCCUUUUGCUAUGGACAACAGGGACCCCAACAAUCUCAACCCACACAUCCAGAUACUAUGGGACGACAUCAUAGGUGAACCGGAGGGCCUGCGAACCCCGGACGGCUGCUGGAAUUGCUCCCAGACGUGCUAUGACGGGACCCGGCGCUGCUGCUACGUGUUCCUGGUGGUGCUGCUCGCUCCCUUCGUGGCCUUCUGCAAUGGAUGUCAGUUUGCUUGCCUUGCCUUCAACCAAGUGUGGUGCGUGGGGCCGUGUCUGCGGUGCGUGAAGAUCAACUACGCUACACUCAAGAAAUUCUGGGAGGCCUGCCUGUACGCCAUGUGCUCCCCAGUGGCAGAAGUAUGUGGGAUGUACUUCUCGAAGAUACACGUUCGCUACCAGAGAGUCCCGGACGGCAACGUGGUGGACUCAGCUGGCUACUUCAACGUGUGAGGAGGCACUGGUGGUGGUGGUGGUGGGGAAAGUCCGUGAAUUUAUGGUGAUAGGGAAGUUUAAAAAGGUGGUUAGUGGCGGUGAGUGAUGAUUGGAGGAAGAGGUGAAGAGGGAUGGUGGUUUGGUGUGGUGGUGGUGGGUGGUGGUGGUGGAAGAGAAGUGGCUGAGAACUGUACUGCUGUGGUGUUGUGGUGUUUGGUGGGCAAGUGUGAAAGUUGUAGUAAUUAGUGAAGAAAGGAGAGAUGGUCUGUUGGUUUUGUGGUGGAUUGAGAGUGGAGGAUAGUAUGGUGAGUAGGAGGGAGAGGAGGAGGAGGAGGAGGAGGAGGAGGAGGAGGAGGAGGAGGAGCAGGUGAAAAAGGAAAGAAGACCUGAAAGGGAUUUAAAGGAGUUGGAAGUAUGUUAAAUAAAGGGUAAAGAGGAGGAGGAGGAGGAGGAGGAGGAGGAGGAAGCAGGAACAAGAGGAAGAGGAGUGUGAAGUGCUGGUUUUCGAAAAGAGGAGAGGAGGAAGAAAGACAAAAGGAGAUGGAGGAGGAGGAGGAGGAGGACUAGGAGGAGGAAGAGGAAGAGGAGAAGGAGGAGGAGGAAGAGGAGGAGGAGUGUACUAAUUAUGAUGGUGAAUGAAUGAAACGUAGAUGAACAGGAUGAAUAAAGAUCUUGUAACACCACCACCACUAUCACCACCACCACCACCACCGACACCACCACCACAACCAUUUUUCAUCACACGAAAGAAAACGAGAAAACAAAAAACAUAAUAAAGACGAAUUUUUGUGCUGUUUUCUCUGUCUGUCUGUCACAUGCAGCACAGGUACACACAGACAGACAGACAGACAGACAGACAGACAGACAGACAGGCAGUCACAGAAAGAGAGGAAGUGUCCAAGAGAUACAAAGGAAAAGAAAAAAAAAGGAAAAAACAGUUAUAUACUCGUAAGAGAUAUAAAAAUAUACAAAAAAUAUCAUAUAUAUGUAUAUCUAUAUUUUAAUAUGUGUGUGUUAACUGUUAGAUUUCAUACCAUAGAGCGUUAAUUUUUCUUGAUUAUUAUGAUUUGCAACACACACACACACACACACACACACACACACACACACACACACACACGGAAAUUUUCACAACACUGUAAUCAUUAUGUAGUAUUUAAACCCACCAAUGAAUGGAUAUAUGUCUUUCUCUCUCUCUCUCUCUCUCUCUCUCUCUCUCUCUCUCUCUUUGCUUGUUUUCGUGCAGUAGUAAUAGUAGUGCGUGUUUGUGGAACCAUAAUUAUUACUAUUAUCAAUAAACUAUUACCAUUAGUACAACUCUUAUACCAAAAUAUAUAUACAACAACAAUGACAACAACAGCAGCUCUCCGUCCAGUCCCUGUGAUAAAUAGAUUAAUAGUAAUAAUAGGAAUUUGAGAAGAGUUGGAAGGUGAUAGUAGUAGUAAUAGUAGCACUGGUAGUAAUUGUAGUAGUAGUAGUAGUAGUAGUAGUAGUAGUAGUAGUAGUUGUGAUAAUCUGUUAUAUUGUCACUACUCAUUCCUUUCUGCUUAUUACUGACAACCUUCAUCUCUGUUCUGUUGCCCUCUCUCUCUCUCUCUCUCUCUCUCUCUCUCUCUCUCUCUGCUUCCGUAUAUGUUGUUCUAUCUUUAUCAGUUCUUAUUCUUGUCCCUACCUGCUUUCCCUUCAUCCUUAUUAACUUCCCUUAACCUCUUUUCUUCUGCUCUCCACCUCCCUUCCUGCUGUUCUACCUUUACCUGCUCCUGUUCUGUUCCUACCUGCUGUUCUUGCCUUCCUACUUACUUUCCUUCAUCUCUGUUUUUGCUGUUCUACUCUGUUUACCUUCUUAUAUGUUAUUAUGUCCAUCUGUUCCUGUUUUGUUCCCACCUGCUGUUUCUUGCCUCCCUACUUAUCUAAUUGCAUCUCUGUUUACUCUCCUGCUUUAUGUCUGCUUCCCCAAUUCUGUAUCUACCUGCUGUUCUUUACUGUUCGUUUCCCUAAUGAAUUUCCUUUUAUCUCUACCUACUGUUCUACUCUCUAUCUGUGGCUGCUACUACUGUUAUUGCUGCUAUUACUACCUGUGCUCUACCUGUCUGUACCAAAAAGAAUAAAGGCCUGUAAUUCAAGAGGUCUUCGUUAUUAGUUCAUUAAGAUUUGUCAGUUUUAGGCGAACACACACCUGGACACACACACACCUGAUUACAUACACACACACCUAAAGCUCCUACCUCGGCCAUACCUGCGCUAAUAAUGAUAAUGAUGAUAAUAAUGGUAAUUUGCGUGUUAUCUAAAACUGUCUAAGUGUGGCUAAGGGAGUGUGUGUGUGUAUGUGUGUGUGCGUGUGUAUGUAAGUGUGUGUGUGUGUGUGUGUGUGUGUGUGUGUGUGUGUGUGUGCGUCUAGCUGGCGUGUGUGCGUGGUGUUCACAAUAUAUUUAUGGUGUACACACGUUUUAAUAAUAAACAUCUUAACUACCA